CUGUCGUAUUUGCCGGCUUUAUUGACGAUCGAAAUGUGCUUUGUGUUGUGAAUUAUGAAGGACAGUGGGGUAUCGGUGGUUAAUUUUCUGGAGAGGUUGCGGGAAUGUGUCGUAUCAUGCUGCCAGUUGGUUUUCUGUUUUUGCCGAUCGAACAGAGUGUCAGCGGCCGCUGGCACUCGUCUCGUCGAAGUGGGCGUGGUCGACGAAAGCAAACGUAAACACAACAAGAUCAAAACCUCCAAAUACACCCUGCUCAUGUUCCUGCCCAAGAAUCUGAUGGAGCAGUUCCGAAGAGUCGUUAACUUCUACUUCUUAAUCGUCACUGUUAUUGCUAUAUUUAUUGACAGUCCAGUAUCCCCGCUGACCAGCAUAGCACCUCUGAGUUUCAUGGUACUUGUGACGGCCGUGAAGCAAGGCUACGAGGAUUGGCUGCGACACAUGGCUGACAAUAAGGUCAACAACCAAAUAGUUGAAAUAGUCUACAAAGGGGUAAUCAAAGAGGUCCGGAAUUCAACCAUAGCUCCUGGAAGUCUGGUGAGGGUGAAGCGAGGGAGAGAGGUACCUGCUGACCUAGUGCUGCUAUGCUCUGCGGGAGAGACGGGUCGGUGCUACAUCACUACCGCCAAUCUGGACGGAGAGACCAACCUGAAAACUUUGAGAGUGCCGCCGACUCUAGUGGGCUACACCGCAGACAUAAUACCCCAAGGUAUACGUAUAGAAGUUCCGCAGCCAGUAGCAGACCUGUAUACAUUCUACGGCCGUCUGGAGAUCCCCGGAUUGGACAGUUUGGCUCUGAGCACAGACAACAUCAUGCUGAGAGGAUCCAGGGUCAAGAAUACUGAAUGGGCCAUUGGCUGUGCUGUAUAUACAGGCGAAGAAACAAAACUGGCGCUGAACUCAAAAUAUACUGGGAACAAAUUUUCAUCGAGCGAGUCGGCUGUGAACGCCUUUCUAGUAACAUUGAUAUACUUGCUAUUAUUCGAGAUGGUGGGCUCAUUGGUAGCAAAAAUACUGAUUGACAUCAGAGAGCAAAAGCGGAUGGAUGUCGUUGGUUUGCCGACGGUGUAUCCAGUUGGGGUAAUGGGAGUGCUUCAAGACCUCUUCUCAUUCCUGUUGCUCUAUUACUAUAUAAUACCAAUGUCACUGUACGUUACUAUUGAACUCUAUAAAUUUCUUGGUGCACUCUUCAUCGGUUGGGACAAAGAUCUCCGAUGCGAAGAAACCGGUAGACCAGCUGUGGCCAACACUUCUGAUCUGAAUGAAGAACUUGGCCAAGUGGAAGUUCUCUUCUCUGACAAAACAGGCACUCUUACCAAGAACCUUAUGUCAUUCAAAGCCUGUUCCAUCAAUGGACAGACAUACGAAGAGAAAGACGGCAAGCUUUAUAGCUCAGCUUGUUUUGAAGAACCAGUGGAUAUUUUUCAGACAGACAUUAAAUUUUUUUUCACAAUUCUCGCAAUAUGUCACUCCGUCCAAGUAUCUAAUGAAGACAUGAAAAAGCUAAGCGCUCGAGUAUCCGUUUCCGGAAAUUUGCAGCUUAUGAAUUUCUUUAGAAGGAAAAAGAUGAAAACAAACGGAAACAGUAGUGCCAUAGAGAACGUAAUUUGGAAUGAAAUAAAUGAGCGAGGAAACAAAAUGGACUAUCAAGGUAGUAGCCCGGAUGAGAAAGCUUUAGUCGAAGCAGCUGAAAGGUACGGGGUGACUUUUUUGGGAGAAGAUGGAAACAAUUUGUUGGUGAAAGUUGGUGAAGAUACCGAGAUUUAUGAGAAAUUGCAGCUUAUAGAAUUUACAUCGGAGAGGAAACGAAUGUCGGUCAUUAUUAAAGAUAAAGAUGGGAAGAUUUGGCUGUUCUGUAAAGGAGCAGAAAGCUCAGUUUUCCCGAUAUGCAAAGACUCAAUGCUGGUAGAGGAAACAGAUCGAGACAUCAACUCAUUCGCGAACAGGGGCUUAAGAACUCUCGCCAUUGCUUACAGACAAAUAAAUGACGAAGAGUAUCAAACAAUUAUUGAGUUAAUCAAACAGUUGGACGGCACAAGUGCCGAAAGUCUACAGCAAGUGAAUCAACAAUUCAAAGUGUUGGAACAAAAGCUGACACUGGUGGGCGCCACGGCUGUCGAAGACUGUCUGCAGGAUGACGUGGCGGAUACCCUCGCAGCGCUGCGGAGAGCUGGGAUCAAAACCUGGGUGCUUACUGGGGAUAAGGUAGAAACAGCGAUAAAUGUCGCACAAUCCUGCGCCCACAUAUCCGAGAACGACCGACGAAUGUUUCUCAUUGGACUGCAAGACGAAAUGGCUUUGCAAGAGUCUUUGAACAUCUGCAAGCGGACCAUAGAUGAGCCCAGCUAUAGAGAUAUAACUUUGAUUGUUGAUGGAACUAGUAUGAGCAGUAUAUUAGACACGCCUUAUGCUGCCGAUUUUGUCGAUAUAUCGCUUAAGUGUAGUGCUGUGCUCUGUUGUCGAUUGUCACCGUUACAAAAGGCUAAGAUUGUAAAACUAAUAAAGAACAGUCCGGAGCAUCCAAUCACUGCGGCGAUCGGAGAUGGAGCCAACGAUAUAUCCAUGAUACAGGAAGCUCACGUUGGUUUUGGAAUAUUUGGGAAGGAAGGACAUCAAGCGGCUAGGUCAGCUGACUUCGCGUUUACAAAAUUUUCAAUGGUGAAAAAAAUGUUGUUAGUAAUGGGACACUGGUAUUACCAAAGACUGGCAACACUAGUGCAUUAUUUCUUCUAUAAAAAUCUACUUCUUGGAAAUCUUAUGCUGUUUUUCCAAGCGAACUCCAUGUUCUCGACACAGUCCAUAUUUGACAGUAUGUACCUCACCUUCUACAACUUGGUCUUUACGUCAGUUCCGUGCCUCGUGCUCUCCGUGACUGACCAGCGGUGGCCAGCUCAGCUCCUGCUAGCGAAUCCAGCUUUAUACCGCAACAUCCGGAGGAACACGCUUCUCUCGUGGAAGUACUUCACGGCGUGGGUGGCGGCGGCUCUCUACCACUCGCUCAUCAUCUAUGCCUUCUCUAAAAUGAUAUUCAGCAACUCUACCAUAUCACUCGACGCCAAAACUGUAGACUUAUGGUGUUAUGGCGCCACACUAUUCCACCUCAUGAUGGUAAUCGUGACAGUCAAGCUGUGUCUGCAAGCGCGCUACGUCACCGUUGCUUUCGCACUCACAGCGCUGUUAUCACUACUCGCCUAUGUUGCCUUUAACACUAUAUACUCAAUGAUCAAUGUACAAAUUGACGGCGAUGUUCUUGGAACAUAUACAAGACUACUGGCUUCACCUUCGUUUUGGUUCCUCAAUCUCCUAGUAGUCGUUACGUCACUAGCACCGGACUUCUUCGUCAAAUUGCUGACGGAACGGUGGGACAGACGCCAUAUACACACGAGUUAUAACGUUCAGUCUAUUUUCUCUACUAGAUUGUAGUCUGGUUAUCAAGUCUAGUUAAAAUCAAUUAUCUAAUAAUGGUUAAGUACUAAUUGUCGCUAUAACGAGAUAGUGGUUAGAGUGGUAGGCCCAUUGCAGUAUAACGCGUUUUUACGACCUCGUAAUUCAGAAUUAGAAUAAUAAUUAAUCACAAUUCAUACCAAGUAUUUUCAAUUGUUUGCCUGGUUUUAUAUCACAUUGGUCCAGGGUGUUCGAUUAAAAAACUAUAGGCUCACAGCACGGACGAGUAAAAAAAUAAGGACUCCGUGUCACCUAACAUAACAGUGAGCCACCAAAACAAGCCGGUAAACGUGUAAGUACAUAGCCCCACGCAUACACUUACACUAAUACAAGCCGAUCGGCCGCCAUUAUGAGAGUUGUCAUCGUCUGUGACAGAUCAGUUUGCGUCGCAAUAAAAUAUUUUAUAAAUGCCGUCGUGCUUUGUGAAAAAGUGUAAAAACAAUAAUAUAAAAGUAUUUCUGGAUAUAUGGUUAUACCCCGUAACCGCUAGCAUAAAGGUGCUUCACUUGCUAAUAUCACGGCGCUGAGGCCUGAGUCCUUCUUCUUUUACUAGUCCGUGGCUCACAGGGGUUUAAAUCUAGUCCCCAUUUGAGGCAAAACAAUCGCACAGCUGUA